AUGAUUCGGGGGAAAUCCAGAUUUACGAAAUACAUUGUCGCUGCAUUCGCCAGUUAUAUUAUUCUCACUCUUUUAUUCAGUGGUACGGGAGAGAAGUAUUGGAAACAGGACUGGGUGAAGAUCGCGCGGUCCACGUUGGAGGAUCGGGCGCUGGAGCAUAUUCAAAACGAAACGCUUGGGUUUGAACACAUUUACGCCAUUGGACUGAAAGAACGAACAGAUAAGCGCGAUUUUCUCAACCUCGCCGCGUCGAUAGCCGGGUUUCGGGUCGAAUGGAUAGACGGGGUACACCCAGAGGACAUGAGCGAGAAGGCUCUGCUCAAUGAUAACUUAUUAGCACCAUCCGAGAUAGGAUGCUGGCGCGCUCAUAUGAACGCUUUGAGCAAUAUGGUCCAAAACUCCUACUCAACAGCACUUAUCCUUGAAGACGACGCAGACUGGGACGUUAGCAUUAGGCAACAACUCCGCGAAUUUGCCCGAGGCGUACGCGCGUUAACCAGAAAUGCCAACACGACCAAGAGCGCUCCAUACGGCACCAACUGGGACAUCCUCUGGGUGGGCGGAUGCGCUUCAUCUGCCGCUCCCAACGAGACGCAAUUCUAUGCCAUCCCAAAUGACCCGACCGCCCCCAGUGUCGAUCACCGUGGUACGUGGGGCGGCCCCCUCGACUCAUGGAAGGAGAUUUACCCUGAGACGUCGACUCGUUUCAUUUAUCGGGCCGAUAUGGGCUGCUGCACCUAUGGGUACGCGGUGACCAAGCGAGGCGCAGAGAGGAUCCUAGCAGCCUUAGCGGUCGAUCGGCUCGUGGCUGCAGUGGAUAACUCCAUGGCUGAUAUGUGUGGUGGUAAGGAUGGCCGUUCGCAGAUCGAGUGUUAUGCGCCGUUUCCCAACAUCAUCGGGACGUACAAGGCGGCCGGUCUUGCGUCGAAGGAUUCGGACAUCCGUGAAGGCAGCGACGAGUGGCACGAGGCACAGGCCUGGAAUCUCAUGUACAGCACCCGACUGAAUAUUCAUCGGCUGGUGGCUGGUAGGGAUACUGUUUAUGCCCAGUAUGAUGAGGGUUUUCCUUGGUCGCGGCGCGUGUUGGAUUGGAAGGAGUUCGAGUACCCGAGGGGUUAUCUAGUUUCUUGA